UUUCACUUGCUAUUCCUCGUCACACAAGCACUUCUGCUCAACAAACUUUUCACUUGCUAUUCCAUGUCACACAAGCACUUCAGCUCAACAAAGUUGCCGCCGGUUUACGUUCUCCCAUUCUCCGGCGACGUUACUCCUCACUCUUCCUAUGGAUGAAAUAGUGAAGAAAGAUCAAGAAGAAAAGUUACAAAAGGGGAAGGAGAAAGCAGAGGCUUGUCUCUACACUAUGAUCAAGGUAGCUCGUGAUGAAGACCUCGCUGAACAAAUUGGAAAGGAGAUUUAUUUUGAUCUUGUGGACCAUGAUAAAGUGCGUACUUUUUGUAUUGAGAAACAGAAGCCAUUUACUCAAUUGAAGGAGGAAGUUGCUAAGGCAUUUGGUAUACCAGUGCAAUUUCAACGUUACUGGAUAUGGGCAAAGCGCCAGAACCAUACGUAUCGGCCUGCUCGAGUAUUGACAGCUCAAGAGGAAAUUCAACCGGUUGGUGAACUGAGAGAGGUUUCAAAUAAAUGGAACAAUGAUGAGCUAAAACUUUUUCUGGAAGUAGAAUUAUGCCUGGAUUUGCGACCUUUACAUCCAGCAGGGAAGAAGACCAGGGAAGAAAUCCUUCUAUUUUUAAAACUUUAUGACCCUCUGAAAGAGACGAUUAGGUAUGUUGGACAUCUUUUUGUAAAAGGAAGUGGCAAGCCGCUGGAGAUAAAAACAAAGCUGAAGGAGUUGGCUGGCUUUUCGCCUGAUGAAGAAAUUGAACUCUUUGAGGAAAUAAAAUUUGAACCCAGUGUGAUGUGUGAAAAAAUUGACAGUAUGUUGAGUUUUUGUGAGUGCCAGCUAGUAGAUGGGGAUAUAAUUUGCUUUCAGAAAUCCCUUCGAAAUCAAUGCACUGAACAGUAUCGCUUUCCUGAAGUUCCUUCAUUUUUGGAGUACAUGCACAAUCGCCAGCCAAAAGAACACGAAAUGCUUGUUCCUAGUUCCGAUUUUCCUACUAAGAAGCCUCAGCCGGUCAAAGUUGCACCAGCGGACACAUUAAGUAUGGUGGAUGCUCAGGUGGUGGAUGAUGCGGCAUCUCCACGGUUCACAUGGACUAUUGACAACUUUUCAAGGUUGAAUGUGAAGAAUUACUCUGAUGUGUUUGAUAUAGGAGGAUAUAAAUGGAGGAUACUGAUAUUCCCAAAAGGAAACAAUGUAGACUAUUUAUCUAUAUUUUUAGAUGUGGCAGAUGCCGCAACGUUGCCUACUGGUUGGAGUAGACAUGCUAAAUUUAGCUUAGCUGUUGUCGAUCAAAUUCAUGGCAAGUUCACACUGAGAAAAGAUAGUCAACACCUUUUUACAGCAGAAGAGAGCGACAGGGGUUUCGCAAUGUUCUUGCCUCCUACUGAAUUAAAUGAUCCUGGAAAAGGUUUUCUUGUGGAUGAUAAAAUCAUAAUUGAAGCUGAUAUUACUUUUCCUAAAGUUCAUUGA